CUUGUUCUCCCUUUUCAGGUUUUGGUCCCGGAAACUGGAGGCGGACGAAGCGAGUGUAGCCGGUGGCCUCGCAUCGGCAGCGGCUAUAGCGAAGAUGGGAGCCGUCGCCGCCGCUUCGCUUCCCCUUACACUUCUUCUGGGACUUUUGCCCGCUGCUUCAGGGCUGAGGCUCCUCGAAGACCCGCCAGUUUUCAAUUGUUCCCAGCCGGGUUUAAAUUGCCUUGUGCGAAACAGUACCUGCAUGGAUCAGAGCUGGCUCAGGGCUUCACAGUGGACUCCGUCAGCCCCAAGUUCCCUUGAUGUUCAUAUUGAUACUUUCUUGGAUAAUGAGGAAAAACUGCUCCCUGUGCUGAACAUAGAAUGGAAGGUGGCUACUGAUGGAAGUGUUCAGAACCUCAGAGGGGCAGAAUUGGCUGUGCUUCAGGUGAGCACUAACCAGCAGGUCUGUGCUCAGUUCGAUCUUCAGAACAACUUGUUGUUCCAAGUCCGUCCAAAUGGCGGAGGUCGGUGGAGUUUCUCUUUCAAUCGUUUUGAGGUAGAACCAGGUCAAACAUACCAAGUAACUGUUCAUCACUUGCCCAAAUUAAGUACUCCAGGAGACUAUAAUCGGAAAUCUGUGCCAUUCACAGUACCAGAUUGCACAGACCCAAUCAUGAAAACAACAGCUCCAUGUCUGCAAUUAGGCAGUGGAUGGGAACCCAGCCUGGAUGGAAGAAGCCUAGAUGAUGAGACACUAUUGGUGAGCUUUAACCCAGCAAUGGAGUCAACCAAUUACUUCAUCCAUGUGACCAGCUUUGAAAAAGAUGGAAUAGAAUGUAAAAAGGCCACAGAGAAAAUCUCAGAGAAGGAGUUGCAGCAGCCAAUGAACGUCACAGUCAAACUAGAGAGAAACUUGAAGAUUUGUUGCAAAUACACGGUGCAGAUUCAACCAUUCUUUGCACGUUGUGCCACAGAUUGUAUAAGGCAUUCCAUUUCCAUCCCAUGUCUCCCUACUCCCUUGCCUUACGGGACAACAGAGGAAGUUGAUAAUCUUUCUGUGGUGUUGCCCUGGGGCCUCACUCUCAUCUGCAUUUUAAUAGUUGGAUCAGCUGUCGCUUCAGUAAUUUGGCUUGCUCGAAGGCAAAAAGCAACACAUUCAGGAACAAGCAGUAGUGAUGGUACCCACCAUGAACUGCUGCGCAUGUCACAGUCUCCUCCACCCCUGAAGCCUCGUAAGGUUUGGAUUGUGUAUUCUGCUGAUCACAAGCUCUAUGUAGACAUUGUGAUGAAGUUUGCUCAGUUCAUGAUCACAGUCUGUGGUACUGAGGUGGUCCUAGACUUGCUGGAUGAACGUCAAAUAUCAGAGAUGGGGGCUGUGCGCUGGCUGACACGGCAAAAACAGGAAAUGGAAGCACUCUCUUCAAAGAUCAUCAUCUUGUGUUCCCGGGGUACUCGAGCCAAGUGGCAGGCCAUGCUUGGGCGUGAGGAGUUAACUGUAUCUCUCAAGCAAGAUAACCUGCUACCAAUAGGGGAUAUGUUCACUCCAGCAUUGAAUCUGAUUCUGCCAGACUUUAAGCAGCCAGCUUGUUUUGGCAUGUACCUAGUCUGUUACUUUGAGGGCAUAAGCAGUGAAAGAGAUAUUCCAGAUCCAUUCAACGUCACCUCCAAGUACCAACUGAUGGACAAGUUUGAGGAAGUUUACUUCCUGAUUCAGGAUCUGGAGAAAUUUGAACCAGGGAGAAUACAUCAGAUUCCAGAGAUCUCACCUGAGAACUAUGCUGAAAGCUUCAGUGGGAGACAACUGAAGGAGGCAGUGGAGAAGUUCCAGAAAUGGCAGACUGAGCACCCUGAUUGGUUUAAGAGAGAGAAUGACUGCCCUGAGUAUGAAGAUGACCUUCAGUCUCUGAAUGGGGAUCUCUCUGAGGAAUUAAUACCGACUGAGGGAGGAAUUCUGAAACGGCAACUGCUACCACAGGAACCUGAUCCCAAUAGCUGUUGCUUGGUCAACCUCUUAGUCAAUGAAGAUGAGUUGGGAGCUUGUAGGCUGUUACCCCAGCUACUAUCACAAGAGGAUCUAGCAUUCCAGACCCUGGUUGUUGCUGCUGAUGACUGCUCCCAGGUUCAGGUAGUAAUGCCCGUUGCCCUUACAGAAGAGACAGAGAUACUUAGCCAUCAACUGCUGACCAAUGAAGAUUGGCAAGAAAGAAUGCCCAUGAUGAAAAGUAGCACCCCCAGGAGAAACAAUGUCAUCCUUCAAGAAGAUCUGUCCUCAAACCCCCACCCCUUGCCAUUUGAUGUGAAGCAGCAGCUGGAGAGCUUAAUGUACUCUCUCUAUCAACAAAGCAUUUCGCCCUCUGAAUCACCUCUCUGCCAAGAAGAUGUUAAUGAGCAACAGCAGCUGGUUUUUGAUGAGUCUUGCAAAGAUCAAAGACAGUCGGUGCAGUCAGACCAGGGUUACAUUUCCAGGUGUUCCCCUUUGCCUUCCGACAGCCCCCUGGAGGAAGAAGAAGAGCAAGGGCAGGAAGGACAUGGGUCUGCUCAACACCUCUCCCCAGAUGUCUUGGACAGUCUAAAAAGUCUUCAGCAGCAGCUGCUUUUUCAGAAUAUUCAGCAGCACUUUAGCUAGGAUCACAUGGUAGGAUGGCUGACUAUGCCCCAUACUUCUACCCAGAACCUGUUCUGUUUUGCCAAAAAAGAAGUGACUGAUGGUUAGAAUGCAAACAAUUUCAGACAUCCUUCCUCAGGCAAUCUUGGGCACACAUUUUUGUGAAGUCUAAUGCGUAGAAGAGCUGACAGCAGAAAUUUGGCAGCUUGGCUCACCUGUCUGCCCAGCCAACCUGCUGCAUAUACUUGAGCAUUCUUGUGCUCCAGUAAUCUCCCUGUAAAUGGAGGUAGAUACC